AUGGAGGCCAUGGCCAUGGCUAUGUUGCUGCCCAAGGGCCUUGUCGAAAACACGCGCGAGAUAUACAAGGAGGUGGCGAGCUAUCCCAUCGUCCCUCCAGAGAAGCUAUGGCAAUAUUGGAAUGUCUACACAACGACCUCACGAAAGCUUGUUGACCCAACCGCGUACAGAUUGGAACACUUUUGGUGGCACGUUUGGGGAAGUGACAGACGAUAUCUCAGCGGGCCAACGCUUGCCAAACUGUUCGAAGAGGUCUCCCAUGGCCCGACAUUCGUCCCUUUACGAUCUGUUAGAAACAGAUACGAAGGGCCAUCGGGCCACAGCGAUGCACGUAAUCAUGGCAGGGGAGACGCAAAAGCAGCCUCACGGCAGGGGCAGCCCAAUCAAAACUCGGACCAGCAGAGAUCAGCCCCUGUUGGCGGAAUGAAGCUACCGACGCCGUCGUCUUCGAGGCCACCCCCAGCCCACCCGAUCUUGAAGAAGAAGAAUAGAGGGCCUUCUGGAUCAAAACCAAGACCAACGGCUCGAUUCGUGGACCCAUCUGCUUUUCAAGAGCUUAUCAUUACCCCUUUGACCGAGCCAGUUGCGCCACAGCAGCUCCCGUCCUCGCCUCCGGGCGAGCCGGUCGCCAAGAAGAACAGGGCGGCGGCAGUUGUUGAUGAAGCGCAAACUCCUACUGCAGUCGACAUGCCGCCGCCGCCGAAGCCUUCACCUCGUGUCACAGAGAUGCCUCCCCCGCCAAAACCGUCACCAAAGCGAAAGAAUGUCCCUUCGGCCGUGACGGUUGCCGGUGGAACCGACGUCCGUCCACCGCCAAUCUCACCAGCCAAGCCCGAGAGAGCUGCGCCGCCGACAGGGAGACGGAUUGUUGCCAGCACAGCAGCAUCAAAGAGGCGUCCAGUCAUGUCGAGGAGACAGAGCUCCCAAAGCUCAGGGGGCACAGGAACGCGCGUCGUCAGCCCGGCCACCGCGGCGCUGGUGAAGCAGGUGGUGGCGCAAAAGUCCAAAGGACAAGAAGGAGUCGGCCACCAAGAUUCGGCCAUAAUAUCUUCAUCAACGGAAAGCCAAGGGGUUGUUCCCCCCAUCAGUGCAAAGUCAGCUGGGAAGCGGCCAGCCGAAGCCCCAAUAGAUCAACCAGUCACCACUGCGCAGAACGUACACCCACCCCCUAAUCAGGCAGAUGGCCGGCAUAAUCGUCCUCUUCUAGCAACAGAAAGCCGACCACUUCUCACGGCAGAAUUGAAGCCACCGACAUACAUGGCCGCCCCUUUCCAACGACGAUCAACCUGGGACCUCGACGCCCAAUUUCGAGUACCCCGGCCCCAACCUCGAAUCCCUGGGGGUUUGGUCCAAGACCGAGCUCAACGCCCCAGUUUCGGCCUCCAGCGAUCUGGCCCCAUGAUGGCGGGAUUCGUAACCAGCACCACCACCAGCCCCAUCCGAGAAUCCAGCAGCACAGCCACAGCACCAAAAAUCGUCCGUUCUCGCUCCAGCAAUACGGACAAUCGACUCUCCCUCAUGGCCCUGCCGACGGGUAUUACGAGUGUGGUAGCGACUACUACUCCUGCAAUAGCAACAGCACGGUUUGAUUCAGAGCCGGUGGCGUUCGCACCUCGGGAGCCGGAAGCGAGGGAUAUUCCGGAUAGUGUGAUGGAUUUUUCGAGACGUUUCACGACGAACCCGGUUCUACAGCCGUGCUUUACGCCCACGCCACCGAAUCCGGCGCCGCCGAUUCCGUAUGGGAGGUCGAAGAGCCAGUUGCAUUUGUUGUUAGAGAAGGAGAAGGAGAAGUUGAAGAGGGGAAAUAUUUAA